AUGAUGGAGGACAACAACAUGCAUGUGGGCAAGGUACCCGGAAUGGAGUGGUCAGAUUCAUCAUCCGGGGCGUCCGACGACCAACAACAUGACCAGCAAGAGCAGCCAGUUAUUCAUGCCCCAGUCCCGAUACGACCACGAUUGCCGAGCCGAAAGAGCAGUGGAACUAUGAUCGUACCGCGCGACUCUAUUGAGGUUGGCCCGGUCGAGAUGGCGCUUGGGCCUGACGACGUGAGGGCCAUGAGUCCAAGGAGAACGAGCCAGGACCUUGAAAUGUUGAGCAAGGAGGCAAGGGAAGAGUUGCAAAGGCACGCAAAGGCACUUCAGGACUCGCUGUUGGCCCUCUUCCACCGCAUCGAGGCCGUCAAAGAGGAACACAACAAGCUCGACAACAACAACAAGUUCCUACAAAAGUAUAUUGGUGAUCUUAUGAGCACCAGCAAGAUCACAGCACCCAGCAGCCGACAAAAGAAAUGA